CCUGUCCCUUGAGAAUCACAACCACAGCUCCAUUCAGAAUUAAUCAGUCUACUCUUCACAAGUACGUACAUGUGUUGUACUUUGAUGUUCUGCUCUCAUUAUAUCUCAGCUGACUCGUCAUCAAUUUUCAAAGCGUUUCCACGUUGAAUAAUGGCCGGCCGGCCGGCCAGCCUAGAAUUUUGUCAGGAUGGAAUUUAACCACGUAACAAAUUUGUUAUGUACAGACUACAGACAAUUGAAGACCUUUAUUGGACAGGGCUUCGGAUAGCAUAACAACACCAUAAGUGUUGUUAGUAUAACAACAGGGGUAUAAGGGUCAAUUGCACACAUAUUAAUUAAUAAGUUAUUUUCUUUUAGCUGGUAUUAAAUUUGAAAUUCGAAAUUAAUGAUAAAAAUUCAUUGAAGCGCGCAAUUUGCCAUUUCCGUUUUCCCCUUCCCCUCUGCUCACGAACUGCUCUCCGACUUCUCCUUCGGUUGCUCUCUCCCUGUUCUCGCGAUUCCGUUUCCUCCGUCGGCGAUUCCGUCUGCGGCUUGUGGAUUUCGUUCGCGCGAUUUUGUUUCCUCCUUCGGCGAAGUUAAUUUCGAGGUAUUCCGCCGGUGAUUUCCUCCGCUAAACUGUCUUCUCCUCUGUCGUCAGUUUUGGCCUUCGAAGUCGCCGUUGUCGUUGUGGCGUCGCCGGAGUUCCACUUGUAUGGUGUUAGUUUGGCGUCGCCGUUGUCGUUUUCGUUAGCAUUGUCGUUGCUUGCUGCUGCUAUUGAAUUUAUAACUGUCGUUUUCAGGUUUGCUCUCUAUUACUUUCGUUUUCCACUUUUCUGCGAUGUUUUGACGCAUGCAGUCUAGAUUUGUUGUAGGAGACGAGGAAAUUUCAUAAUUGUGCGUUGUGGUUAGGUUUUGUGUGUUCUGAUUAGGUUUUGUUGAAUGUUUUAGGGUUUCUGUGGUGUGCUUUGCAUGUUUUAGGGUUUCUGGUUUCUCAUGAGUCGUUUGUGGUGGUGUUCAGUAGUGCUGUUGUUUUGUUCUUAUUUUUGGUGGUUUGCUUUGUGUUUGGUGACGGUUAGGAUGUUUGUGGGUUUGAUUGGGACCUUUCUGGAGGUUUUUAAUGAAACUAUUGUGUAUUUCCAGGCUGCUGUUGGUGGUUCUUUUAAAAGGUUUUGUGGUUAGUGUUUCGGAUUUCACAGUUUCGUUUAGGAGAUUUACUGGUGUGCAUUUGCAGUAGUUGUUUGUCUCUUUUACAUCUGAUUAUUGAGUUGUUUGUGGUGGUGUUCAGUAGUUCUGUUGUUUUGUUGUUUAUUUUGGUGGUGCGUUUUGUGUUUGGUGACAUUUAGGGUGUUUGUGGGUUCGAUUGAGGCCUUUCUGUAUGUUUUUAAUACAACUAUGGUGUAUUUCCAGGGUGAUGUUGGUGGUUUAUUUGCAGUUGUUUGUCUCCUUUAAAUUUGAUUAAUGGAUUGUUUUCAUGGUUUUACAGUUUGCAUUAGGCCCUUGAUGGUUUGCAUUUUAUAUGUUCUGGUAUUAGAUUGCUUAUGUUGGUUUGUGUUUUGGUUGCUUUGUAGGCAAUGGCACCUGCUAAGAAACGUGCAGUAAAAGGGAAAGAAAAGGAAAAAGUAUCGACACCUAAGAAAGAUGGUGUUUCUCCUGUGGCUGGAAAGCCGGAUAAGAGGCAUCGCAGUAAUACUAAUCGUAUUCUUGCCAUCAUGGAAGCUGACAGUACAACUGAAGAAAAAUUGCAGAUGCUUGAUCCUCUGGGUUUUAGGGGUGUGUCGAGGGUUAAGCUUACGAGACUCCCGGAUAAUUUUACUGAAUGGAUUUGCAAAAGUUUUGAUGUCAGUUCAAGGUCUUUCCCGCUGCUUCGGUCAGGGAAGUUUAGAAUUGGAGAGGCAGAUGUGGAGAGAGUUUAUGGUUUGCCGCGUGGACCGUAUGCUGUUAAGCUGGAUAUGUUUAGUGCAUCCCAGAGGCACAAGUGGGGAAUUGAGUUAGGGCUUUGCAAUACUAGGAAAGGAAAGGCGACAUUGGCGAAUGUUAAACUGGCAUUGGAAGAGGAGAGGGACAAUAAGAAGUGGAGGGAUCUUUUUGUGCUGUAUGCAAUGGAGGCAGUUCUGUGCCCCAGUGGAAAUUUGAAGAUUGACCUCUCCUAUGCUGGGUUUUUGCAAGAUGAAAUGGUCGAUGACUUCAACCAAUAUAAUUGGUGUAAGCAUGUGGCUGACCAUUUCAAUGAAAGUAUGGUUGAAGUGGUUCAAUCAAAAUCAAAGUUCCCUGGUGACGUUCAUCUUCUUUUUGUAAGUAGAAAAAUAUACCUCUUUUCGAAGUUUGGUUUACUGUUUCAUUUAUGGUUUGUUUAUUGACGAAUGUGGUGUGGUUGAAGUUGUUUAUGGUUUGUUUAAUAAUAUUUAUGGUUUGCU